AUGAUCGUUGCACUACCGGAACUGACGUCCUUGAGCACAGAAACCAGCUCGGUGUUGACUUUGGCGUCGUGCAAUGCCGCAAGCAUCUUCUUGCCGUGCUCGUCGUCCCCAACAUUGCCCCACAUCCGCACAUGGCCCUUAUGGAUCGACAGUCUGGACGACGCAAUGGCCUCGUUCAGACCCUUUCCGCCCAGAUGUUCUUCAAACUGGAUGCCUUGCAUUGUCUCGCCGCCCUGGGGACAGCGCGACGAGUACGUCACCAUGUCAUAG